AUGUACAAACGAAUCAUUGAGGACGCUUCAGACACCGAGUACAGCCGAAGUUACACAGUGAAAAGCGAAGAAUCGUCCCCAACCUACACCCAGGCUAUGUCGGGGGUCCCUUUAAGCCAAAAGCUCGGUUCCAGUCACACGAAGUUCUUUGCAUCUGCGAAGGCCUUUCGAAAUUACCUCCAUCGCCAGGAAGAGGAUCCCGCUCACCACCACGCAACAUACACCCUGUACGCCGCGAAUCAAGGAAGAUGGGAGGAGGUUGCCACCUUCCUCCUUGAUAACAUCUACGAUGAUCAACACCCCCUGCUGACUGAUGGUGAAGCCCUUUCCCCUCUUUAUCAAUUACUCCUUAACAACCGCUACUUUGAACGAAGAUGGGUUAUCCAAGAACCACUAUUGGCAAGCUCCGUGACUCUGUGCUGCGAAGGUUACAUGCUUCCUCUUAGCCUUUUAAGGGAUGCGCGAGGAAAGUGGGAAUCUCGAUUCGCGGCGUCUCCUAUGCGCCGAUUUCUCCAAGCCCGGCGGACAGGUGUUGAUACACACAUGUCGCUGGCAGACUUACUUUACACACACGAGACCGCAGAGUGCUCGGAAGCUCGCGACAAGGUGUAUGCGAUUUUAUCCCUUUCCAAGGCUGCCAAAGACCAUCUGGUCGUCGACUACGACCGCGAUAUCGUGGAGGUGCUGACCGAUGUGGUCGGAGUGAGUCUCGAGCAUGAAGACAUGCCGCCAACCCAAGCAUUGAGCUUUGCUUGCUUCCUGCGACACCAUCUGCGGAUCGAGAAAUCGCAAAUCCUGACAUUUUCAACGCCGGUCAAUAGCAUGCAAAACUGGAAGAUCAGGCUACAAGCCGUGGUCUAG